CUAAUCGCGAAAGAUUGUGAUACUGUGAUAACUCCGAUACAUUCUAAGAAUUAAAUGUUUUAUUUUCUAUUAAUUUUGAAAAUCCAAAUGUUAAACAAUUUAGGUUUCCUUUUAAUAUAUAUCGAUAAAGAGUAUAAAUCGAUAAGUGUACUCACAGCUGUUAACUGUCAUUACAGUUGUCCAAAAUAAAUCCUUAAUAGAAUAGAUUGAAAUACGAGACUAAACUUUUGUUUACUUUUAAAAAAUGUUAAAGAAAACUAAAAAUUCAAAAUAUCCACCUCCCCCAUCUCCACCAACUGUUGAACAAAUAUUGAAAGAUAUGGAAACUUUUCAUGUAGAUUUGAGUGACGAGACUGUAAGAGGACAAUCGCCUAGAAAUGAUGCGCAACACCAAGAUUGGUGGAAUCGCUUCGAAAAAGCUGUCACUGAUCACAAAGACUUAGUAACGCUUAAUAGUGAAAUUCGGAAUUAUCAACUUAAGUUGGAAUCUGCAAAAAUAGAACUGGAAACCGAAGCUCAGUUGCUUAAGAAUGCUAUUCAGGAGCAAAGAGAGAAAAUUGAUGAAGUUUUGCUAAACGGAAGUAGUUGAAAUUAUAAACCCAAUAAAUAAAAUAAAAAUAUUAAUUAGAGCGCAAUAAUUAGAUUUUUUUUAAAUCACCAGCUGCAUGCAAGUGUUAAGUGUUAAGUUAAUCUGUACCAAAGUCGUAAAAAUCUUACAUUUAUGUAUUCAGCAAAGAACACCAGAUAUCGGACUUUCAUAUUUGAGCUUUGUCCGACCACUCCAUGUAAUAUUUAAUUUUUCCCGACUGCCAUGAAUUAUUAAAAAAUUCUAUGCAAUAAAAUAACAGCAGAGUACUUUUUGCAAUGCCUUUAAUAUUA